GAGGGAGAGAGAGGGGGGGAGGGGGUGGUUAGUGAUUCCUUUUAUUUUUGGCGGCUGCCUGAUGCAGCAGCACCUCAUUCAUUUUUUGAAGAUCAUCAAUCCGCUAUCCUCUCUCCUUUCUCCUUUCUUCUUUCCUACUCUGCAUUACUGCGCCGACAGGAGCGUGUGUGUGACUGUGUGUUUCCCUCAUCUUAAGCUUGGCACUUUGAAACUAUGGAACAUCAACCAGGCCAGGAGGACGUGGAGAUGAAAGACGUUGACGGCGUCAGAGAUUUGACUGGAAUUUACCCUAGGGUUCAUGACGGCGUUCAGAAACUAGUGGAAAUUACGGAAAUGAGGACGGCAGUGGUGGAAGCUCGAGAAGGAGAAGAGGUGAAGAAGCAUGAUCGUUCUGCGAAUGAUCAUGAUACUAGCAGAGAGGGUCCCGGAGCUGCCAUUGUUUUAUCUUCAUCUCAAGUGGCGACGGCCAAAAAGAACGAACAGCCGCCGGUGGACGAUUGCUGCGCUAUUUGUUUCGGUGAUUUCGUUCUGCCUUGCAAGACUAACUGCGGCCACUGGUUUUGUGCCAGGUGCAUUUUGCAGUUAUGGCACUAUAAACCAGCACUUAAACUAUGCAAUUGCCCCAUUUGCUGUUGCCUUAUCACUAAGUUGUCACCGGAGGCAUCAUCACUGGCUAGUCGGGAUGGGGAUGUUGCUCAGGUGUUGAAAGAUAUUCAGCGAUAUAAUCACCUUAGUGUGCAUGGUUGGGAGGGCGUUUUCUUGAAAAUUCGUGCUUUGCCUCUCCUCAUCCAGCGAAUGUUCCGUGAUUUAAUACAACCUGGGAUGCUUGGUCUUAUCAUUGACAUACUGCGUGGUGUUGGAUCGUUGCUGGGAUUACUUUGCUGGAUCUGCAACUUAGGGCCUGAUCCAAUUGAUUGGCUGAUAUAUUUUCCACGAAUGGCUGGUCGCUGGGCUACUGCUAUAGUCAUCAUCUUCUUUUUGGUUUACAUCUGCCAAAUAUUGAUGCGCAGGAUUCAGGCAAGACGCUUGGUUGGUGUACAGUUAGAGCAGAUGUAAACUCUGCCUAAUUUGCAAAUAUAACCUUACUCCCUCUAAGAAUAUUAGCUGAUAGGAUUUUGUCUAAAGUGGUAUCUUUAUUCAUCCCCAUCCAAAUACAAGCUUCCAAAUAUCUGAUGACUGCGAACCGAAAUUGUAGUUCAGUACACUUAGAUGCUUGCGAAAAGUUUGAUGGGCUUGUAAGUAUGUUGAAGCUCCAAAUUCACCAGCUGCUGAAGCAACGCAUACACCUUGUUGUUCUUGUUUU